ACAGGUUCAUCGCUGAUCAUCCGCGAAAGUAUGUGAGGGUGAGAAUAUUUAUUAGUGUCUCUUUACGCCGUUUAUUAAACGUUGCAACGAAAGUGCGAAAAUUGGUGCGCACGUGAAAUAUAAUAAUAAAAUAUAUAGAGAAGUAUGUUUUCGGGAAUAUCGACGACUUCUGAUAAGUCGCAUCGUUCGACGAGGCCCUCCUCAAGUGAUCUUGAAGAAAACAGCGAUACGAAAACAAAACACAUCAGUUUUAUUCGUGCGCGAAUAAGCUCUCGAGUUUUUUUUCGAUGAAUUAAAAUUAUGUAAAGCCAGACGUCGCCGCGAAUGAAAAAAUCACGCGAGUGCAAGUGUUCGAAGCUUCUUCUACGAGGGACAAUUCGCGACACAGAUAGUUGGUUUUCUACAGGCAAAAUGGAGCCGGCGAGAAAUUCGGAGAGAUCAGAGAAGAUGAAGAAUUAAUAGUCGAAUUAAUUAAAUUAUUAUUCUCUCAACGUGCGCGCUGGUCUUCAGACUCGCCUGUCGCCGGAGAAGCGCGCGCGCGCUUCGCUAUCGACCGGAACGAGGGACCUCCUGGACCUCCUUCUCGUCUCAUCGCGUCUCGCCCAGUCUCGGCCGGUCGCGGCACCCGCACGCACUUUCGGUGGAAUCCCUGCUCGCGGCAACGCCUGUCGUGGGGGAGAUCAUCUCCGAGGAGAUCCGGCGGUGUCGAACGCUCCUUUCUACCCUAACGCGCGCCGAUGACGGACCGGAAGUGCCGGAGAUGAGGCGCCAGAGAUGACGAUGGGGGAGAGAUUGACGGAGCGGUAGCCGAUCCUUGCACUCUUUUUUCUUCCAAGUAGCCAAAAGGAGAGUCUGCAUCCGAUUGAUUUCCUCUUCCGCCGAGGGUUCUUCGGAUUCUACCUGAACUGAAAUGCGAUCGAAGGGUAUCGGCUGAAGGAUAACGUAGAUAUUUAACGCAGACGGAGAUCUUGCCUUUUGCCUUUUGGAACUUGAAAUUAUAUUGUAUUAUGAGAGGAGAUCUUAGAGCUUGCUAUCUCGGUGUUGCCUCUCUGAAAGAAUGAUCAUUAUAAUUUUUAAAUGAUACAUUAUACUCGGUUAUACCGCGUGUUCUAUCCGCAAAAACUACAGUGGAUACGUAAAAACAGCUGUUUGAGGGUUUCACUCCUUAUUCAAGUUCACAUGCGCGAAGAUGCAAGGCUGGACCGAAUGAAUACAAUAAGUGGAUAUACGUCCCCUGCGUACGUUGUCAAACAUAAUAUACAAUACCAAGUAGAUGUAGAGAGAAAAUGAAUAAGAUGCUACAUGGAGAUACGCUAGAAAAAAAAUGACAGAAAACAGCUGAUAUCAAGGCUCUAUCCGUAGACUAUCGCGUGAAUAAUCCAUUGCGCUGCAAUUAGUUAAUUAAUUAUCAUCGUUAUAUACAAACUGAUAUCUGCCUACGAACGGCCAUUUUUAAUUACUUAAUUAAUUACACAUAUCGACGGAAAAAUCGAUAUUACUAAAAAAGAAAAGUUCUGAGGAAAAAGUUCGAUCGAUGUAGCUUGUGAUAAUCGAUUUGAAUAAUAAACAGGAAUCAGAAUAAUUCAUCUGGGAGAAGAGCAGCCUAAUAGCGAGACUUAUCGUUCGUAGCACACGUGCCGAAUCAAGAAAUAGGAACGAAUCGUCGUGAUUAAAGCGAAACGCCCCUUAAACGUUGCGUACGAUUUGUUAUAUAUAUACAUACACACAUAUAUAUAUAUAUAUGUGUGUGUGUGUAUUGUCAUACAUAUAUAUAUAUGUAUUGCCAACACAGAAUGACAAUGGUGAUUCGCAGUCAAUGUUUCAGAAGUCUUCCAGAUCUGUGUUACGACUAAAAGAGGCUGAAUCGCAAAAUUAUUUCAUGACUAUCUCGUAAUCAUCAUCAGCAGAAAAUUCAUGGACCACACGAACAUAUCACGACCUCGUAGAAGAAACGUGAGUUUAAUAUGACCGAGGGAGUUUAAAGGAAUAAAGAAGGAGACAGUUUCUUGCCGAUCUCUUCAGCUCAUUACAUUUACAUAGAUCUAUAUAGACUUAUGGACAAUCAUUAAGCGAAAGACUCCGCUUUGAUACUUGAAUAUAGACAUCAAUUUGCGCAUUUUUGCGUUCCGGUAUACCAUUACGGGCUAACUUCCAAAUAAAUAAAUAAUUGCUCUAUGUACAUUCGAUUCGUUUGUUCAAGACGCUUUUUAAUGCAAGUUACGUGAUUAAUAAUUAUGUCUACGAAGCAAUGCGAAGAUAAGAACCGAUAAAAAAGACUCGAUCUCUUUGCGAAGAAUGAUACAAAAUAGAAGGACCAAGAGACUCUGCUCAAUAUAAUUUUAUCUCGUAAGCCGCUGUUCUAUCUGAGAAAAUUUCGAUACAGUAAUGACAGAUGAAGAAUAAUGCAUACAUAAGAGGAUUUAAUUAAAUCUUCUUUUGUAAUAUUAUGUAAACGAGAUAAUAUGCAUAUUUUAAGUCAUUUGCGAGAUCCAAUUUAAACUACACAAAUAUUACCCAAAAUGUCAUGUUGAUAUCAUCAUGAUAUUGGUCCUAUCUUAUCACAAAAACGAAUGCACUGGACAUAAUGCAUGUACUGAUAGUGCAGUUUUACUUUGCGAAUACGAAAGUGUUUGAUGAACGCAACCGCUUUGUUAUGCGCGAACAUCUAUCUCUCAAAGAGACACUGUUUCGCAGUGGCAAAAAGAUCAUCGACAAUGAGUGUGGAUCAACCACAGCAUUAAUUAAGACCAGGAUACAAAAGGGAGGCCUACGGCAACGAAGAUGGCUAAUUGCGCUACUGGUUUUUGUGUUAAUGUCGCUUCUCAUUAUCAACAGCUACAACACUGGUCGGAUUAUCCGCUUUGGAGCAAUGGCUAAAGCAAAUACUCCAGAUGUAGUAACGCAGAAAUAUGUAACGUUAUCAUCGAACGUUUAUACGCCAAUUGGCAGUGGUGGCUUUCUAGUUCGCAACAAAGGAUGCCGGUUACCCGCGAUGGAUCCUUUCGAUCCUGCAACUCAACAUUUUAUAACUAAGGAAGUGCUCGAGUGUGAAUACGGAAAUUCUCUGCCGUUAAUUGAGUCGAAUAACACCGCGUUGUUCGUUAAUCCUCUGGUAAGAGACGAAUUCUACAACGGUCCGGGCAACAUCAGUUGCUGUUGGCAACCGUUCUGGAGAACGAAAGACAACGAUAAUUCUCUUACAUACGCGCAAUGCUAUCCAUUUCAAGAUUCCUGCACCGUAAACGCCGAAUUCGUGAAGGUCGAAUGUUCCCGGAACAACCAAGUGAUAUAUAAGGAUUACUACGCUUUUGUACCGCGCAAGCCUGAGGUAGAGGAAAGAUGUAAGAAGGUGCUGAAUACGGACACCCUCCUGAAUGAUCGUCUCAGCGUUCUCGUCGUCGGACUUGAUUCGGUUUCCAGGAUGAACUUUCACAGAAUGAUGCCAAAGACCGCGAAGGUGCUUCAGUCCCUCGGCGCUAUAGAGAUGCUGGGUUAUACCAAAGUCGCCGACAACACGUACCCGAAUCUCGUCCCGGUACUGACCGGCCUGAAUCAGGACGAGUUGCGGAACCUGUGUUGGCAGACACCCGACAAAACCUUCGACGAGUGUCCACUCUUGUGGAAGAAAUUCAGCGCCGCCGGUUAUCGCACGAUAUUAGCCGAGGACGCGUACCAUAUGACCACAUUUAAUUAUCUAAAGUCGGGAUUUCGGGAGCAACCGACGGAUUAUUAUCUUAGACCAUAUGUCAUCGGCGCCGAGAGGGACAUCGGCAACACCCACAAGCUGAACGCGUAUAUCUGUGUCGGUACCAGAAAGAUGUUCGACUGCAUGCUGAAUUACACUCGUAAAAUGAUGAUCGAGUUCUCGUCGGAGCUUUACUUUGCCUUCAUCUGGCAGGCCAGUCUUACUCAUGAUUAUCUCACAUAUCCGCAGUUGGGCGACGACUCCUAUCACGAUUUCAUCGAAUACGUGUCGCGGGAAGAUUUACUGAAUCACACUGUCUUAAUCGUGAUGAGCGAUCACGGGAUGAGAUGGGGCGACUUUCGACAAACGUAUCAAGGUAAGAUCGAGGACAGUCUGCCUUUCGUCUUCAUCGUGCUGCCGAGGUGGUGGCGGGAAAAAUUUCCGCUAGCUUGGGGAAACUUGCGCAGAAACAGCCACAGCCUGACGACGCCCUUCGACCUUCACGAGACCUUGACGGAUCUCCUGAAUCCACACACUCUGCGCGAGUCGUUCCUCAAGAGACGCAUCAAAACUCAGGCCGCGUCUCCUAUUUCACGCGGCAUCAGCUGGUUCCUGCCGGUGCCGGAUAUUCGUACCUGCGACAUGGCACACAUAGCGAAUCACUGGUGCAUGUGCCACACUAGCAACACCGUCGCCUGGAACGACACCGGCCUUCAAGACAGCGUGUCGUUCCUCGUCAGGGAGCUGAACGAUAUGCUGAGCAACUAUCCGCUGUGCGCGACGUUGAACCUGAAGCUGAUCAAGGACGCGAAGGUAUGGCUGGACAAGACUGACGGCGCGACGUUGAUGGAUUACACAGUGAUUAUACAGACCACUCCUGGUGACGCGAUCUUCGAGGGUACGGUGCGUUACAAGACGGACGAUAACACCCGCAAUUUGGUCGGUUCGGUCAGCAGACUGAACACUUACGGCACCCAGAGUGCUUGCGUCGACGAAUUCAACAUGCGUCUCUACUGUUAUUGUCUUUAGGCACAUCGUUGAUGACAACGAUCACCUCUUUUGUAUCUCAUCAUUUAAUCAGACGCGGUUUUGUAAAGAAACUAUUCCAGCUGAGGAGAGAGUUUUGCGACAAACUCUAUUUAAUUUCGCAAAACAUUGUCGCUCUUAUGUGAUUUAUAUGUAUGACAAACGGACAAUAUAUUGUUGUAUCGAGAUGAAGGUAUCGCUCAAAGUCUGUAUUCUCGAGAACACUGUGUUCGUAAGACUCUAUAUCGUGUAUCACGAACGCAUUUCAGCGUAGCUUGAUGUUUAUUUACGCAUAUUUAUUCUUCCACACUAUUGAUUAAUUUAUAUCAUAUGCGCAAUAAUAGAUAUCUACAAAUAUUGAUGUAGCACUGUCUAACGAGGCGUUCGCGGGCGAUCACCUCGCUCCGCAUCUCUUUUCUCAUUGCAGGUUCUUAUAUUAUUACUUGCUUGUUCAUGACGUCAUAAAGUCAGAUAAUUUUACGCUCGAUGAGAAAAAAAAUACAUUUCUCUCAUCCGCUAUUAAUUUGUGUCAAAAUGAAUUUGUACUCGUCAUGUCUACUGUCUCUCAUACGUUACAUCAAUUUCUUAAACACCUUCAACAUCAUCUGUAAACCAAUAUGUAACGACCUAUUACGGCGAUCUACAAUUCUCAGUGACAAAACAAAAAUUCGCCGUUUCUAUACACAAAUAAAAGAUAUUUUACUAUUCUCUCUU